AUGGCCCCAUAUUUUGAGACCGCAAAGUCAUUUGCCAACGUUCCUAUUACGGACGAAGGGGUGGAGACUGCCUCGUUUCUGCUUGCGUCGGCCGACUUCGUAAAUAUGUUCGAUCUUUUAGGCAACGGGGUAUUCGGCUUCGUGCAAAUGGAUCUGAAGAACAAUCUCGCGGGUGUUCGUGAUAGAUAUGAGGCGAACGUUUCCGGGUCAGCGACGCUCGAGCAGCUAGUAGUCAUGGAGAUUGUCACGAUGGAGAGCAGGCAACCAUCCGAAGAGUCUUCAGCCACCAUCUUACCGCAGAAGCGCAAGACGCGUGAAUCGGAUGAUCAGCCCUCAAGGACUCAUGAACAACCUGCGAACCAGGUCAUAAGCGGGCUGUCAAAUUCCCAGCUGUCCAAGGGCGAAUACGAGACGGGUCGUGUUGUCUGCGAGGCAUGCGGUGAAGGCGUGUCUUUCCGGGAUGAAUCUACUGGGGGGUUCACUGUCCAACACUGGGAAGCUCACCGGCUGCAAUGCCCAAAUAGUACACAGCAAACCACUGACCUUGAUCCACAACUUCAAGAUGUUGGCGCAGAAGUGUCUCAACCCCAGGCCAAACGGAGACGUGCCAAGCGAACGGAGGAGGAGCGAAUCGAGUAUCUUCGCACUGACCCAUAUGUUGCUCAGUUCGAGGCCUAUCGCGUUUUAUGCGCGUCUUGCAAUAAAUGGAUUCGCCUGAGGCCUAACUCAACUUACUGCUCCAUUCCAUGGGACGCGCAUCGGAAAAGCUGCCUAGCGAAGCGAGUUGCGAAGUCAGCCUACCCAGCCGAUGAUCGGAAGGCUGUAUUAUCUACGGAUCCUGCUGUACGCAAGUACGAUGCGGAACGCGCGCUUUGCAAUAUUUGCGAAGCGUGGGUUCCUCUUGGAACUGGUAAUGAUACCCAGGCCAUCAAGAAAUGGCUAGAACACCGUUCAUCUUGUCAGCAAGAUGUGUCUGGUACCCCCACAAGCGUAGCUGCUUCCUCGACUAUCCCCACUAUUGACAGCGUUCCUCCUCCGUCGAGACAUCAGUUGGCUUUGGCAUCUUCCUCGUCUUUGCCUGGUCCGUCUCACCGAAUACCCAGCAUUAACCCUCCGCCUGUGAAGUCUGAUGCCGUCUCCGACCUGCCAUCUCCCACAUCUUUUAAGGAUCUGAACCCAACCAAUUUUUUCCCCGAUCAUGAGCCCAGGCGUAGAAACGCGGAGCAACGAGCAGCUCAGCUGCGUGCUGACCCCCUGCUUGGCGACGUCGAACCCAACAGAGUAUUUUGCAGGGUCUGCCAAAAGUGGGUACAGCUCAGACAGGACAGUUCGUAUUGUGCAUAUCCGUGGCAACAGCAUCGCAGUAAAUGUCUGAAGAGACAGGAAAAAAGGUCCCAAAGAGAGGCCAAUCUCCCCCAGAUUAUAGCUGUACGGCCUGACCCCGCGUUCGAGACCGUAGUGUCUGAGCGUGAAGAUGAUAGUGACGAUGUCGAGACAGAAGAAGGUGUUGACUCUGGGGAAGAUCGGCAUCGGCCUCCUCAAAAGCAUGACGAACGGAGAGCAGUGGUCUUUGCCAAGGCGACACACGGUGUCGGUGCCGACCCUCGGAGAGACCGGUCAUCUGUUUCUGAUGCUUCAGACGGAGAUGGCGAUUUGGACGACCACGGUAUACAGAGCCGACUUGCAGAUUUAGAUACACCUCUUGGAAGGCUUGAGUUUACCCUCCGUUCCAUCCGGCACCUAUUCAGGUCCACAUACAGGAAAACAGAUGACUUGACUAUUGCGGCACUUGUCACCUAUCUUAACGCUGCAAUGCCACCUGACAAACACGAAGAUUUCGACACGAGCGAAGUGACUAAAGCGGCUAUGACAUUGCACGAGCGCGGCUGUUUUGUUUUUCAAGGCGAUGUGCUGCGCCUAGUGAACUGA